AUGAGGAACCGGUGCGUCUGGCUCUUCCUGGGCCUGGUCUUUCUGGCCAUCAGUGUUUCCGGCGAGUCCCUGAUCGAGGUGGACGAGAAUGGCGACGAGUAUGAGCUGAAGCGUUUCUAUAUUCAGGGGCGCCAGCUGAAGGGCGAUGGCAGCCAGUCGCAGUGCGUCGUGACCAGGAGGAAGCGCUCCGGCAGGGCUCUCUCCGCGGGAGCUAAGACCGGAGAGACUGGAGCAAGUGUCCAGGUCAGUUCGCAGACAUUGAAUGUGGAGAGUUUACCGGCAAUGAUGGAGCAUCGUGAGGGUGCUGCCACCCUCCAGGAGGUGGAUCCCAGCAAGAGGCGGUAUGUGGCUCUAACUGGAGUGCACUACGAACCGCAUGUUCCCAACGAUGAUGAUGCUGAUGCGGAUGAGGAUGAUGAUGAUGACGAAGAUGAUGACGAGGAGCUGGAGGAUGAGAUGCAGGUUGGACAAUCUCCGAAAUCUCAGUCACAAUUUGUGCCCGCCGCCCUGGCCCUGCCCUUGGCUCCGGGCUCCCCGGGAGGAGCUGGAGAGCAGACCAGUGCCGCUCAUCUGCCGCAGGGCGUUAGUGUGGUGGCCAAUGCUGCCAGUCAUGCCAAUGUGGCCGAGGAUGCUGGCAUUGUGGUGGUUCAGUCCCAUCAGCCACCCAAGGUCAAUCCCGACACACAUGCCGUCUUCGAGCUGAAGCCCAUCCAAGCGGAUGUCCAGCAGCCGGCCGUUAGCUUCUAUCCCUUCGUGCAUCCCUGGGAGGCGGUCCUGCCCGAGGACGAAGGUGACUAUGACGAAGAAGAUUAUGACGAAGAGGACUACGAUGACUUCUACUAUGGACCUGGUGGCUACUAUCGGGAUCAGCCCGGCUAUGUGGGUCUGGGUGAGUACGACGAGCAUAUUGUCAGCGAGGACCAACCGAUAUCAACCACAGCGAUUUGGAGCACAAACGAUGAUAGCGAUAUUCAUCCCGUAAUCAAUCAGGCCAACAAGCGGCCAAAUCAGAACAAAAACAAGAAUAAGAAUAAAAAUAACAAGAAUAAGAAUAAGAAGAAUUCGAAUCAGAAGAACAAGAAACGAGUGUCGCAGAAGAAACGUAAGGAGGAGACUGAGCAGAAUCAAGAGUUGGUGACACAAAAGAAGAAGGUCAAAGAGCAGAAGGAGAAGGAUCAAAAGAAGAAGCAGGAUAAGGAGCAGGAGGUCCAGGAGAUGCAGCAGGAUCAGAGUCCCGUAGAUGUUAUCAAGAAGCCAGCUGCUAUGGCACAGUCUUCUCUUAGCAGCAGCAGCAGCAGCAUGUCUUCGGUUAGCAAUUCUUCUGGCAGCAAUUCUUCCGUUCAGAAGAAAAAGAAAAAGAAGAAGAAGCCCAGCAGCAGCAGCAGCAGCAAUAGCAGCCAGCGCAGGACCAAGAAAAAGAAGAAGCAAAGCAGCAGCAGCAGCAGCAGCAGCAGCCUCUCCUCCAGUGGCAACCGGCGUCGCCGUCCCAGUUCCAGUUCAAGUUCCAGUUCCUCCAUCGGUGGCUAUCGUCGCCGCCGGCCCCAGCUGACCCAGCAGCAGAAACGCCGCCAGCAGCAGACGUUGCAGCAACAGCGGCGACGCCGCAAGCAGCAGAAGAACAGACGUCGCAUGCAGCAGCAGCAGCAACAGAAGCGCCGCAGGAAUCGCAACAAGAAUCGGCAAUUCUAUGGCGAUGAGCCCAUCAUCAAUUGCAUCUACAUCAACAAGGAUCCGCCGACGACCACCACGCCGCGUCCCUUCUGGAACAUUUUGGGCCGUCAGUCGGAUGGCCAGAAUGCCAAGGACGCUCAGGCUCCUGGCCAGGAUGAGCCCGUAGAUCCUGUGGCCAAGCAGGCUGUCCUUCAGGCCGUGCGACGCAACUUUGGCGAAUUUGGUGGUCGCAAGCGCACCAACCUGCGUUUUGUGGCCUAG